AUGCGCGAAAAGGCUGACACGAUUCAGAGAGGACUCGAUGAGUCUAGGAAGGAAUCUCAGAGGGCACUCGAUGAAUCUCAGAGAGCAUAUCAUGCAUCGAUCACAACCAUGAUGGAGCUUCGAGCGCCGAUUUACCAACUACAUUCAGGCCAUCAGGCCAGCCCAAAGUAUCGAGAAAGACGAAAUGCAGUAGUUCAUGGUGGUUCUGUACUCAUGGACUUGUCGAUCUUGCUUCACCUUUGCAGAAAUACUGACCGCACAGCCGCUUUUACCAAAUGGGCUGUAGGGUUUGAAGAUAUCUAUGGGAUACCCUUCCACUACGUCAAAACUCUUUCCGAAAGCUCUCGAAUGGUGACCCUGCUCAAUAUACAUGCCGAUGUCCUUCUUAAUGUGUAUUCUUCCUACGACCAGAGCGAAUACAUCAAGGACAAAUGCACGGUAAUUAUAAGGCACUAG